AUGGGCUGGGUACACAAUGCAUCGCCAGAGGUUGAAGCUGCUUCACAGUACCGCCUCAUCCUAGUAGUAUGUUUGAGUCUCACCAUAUUGAUGACGAUUACGGUUUCUAUGCGACUUUUCCUCCGACUGCAAGCCAGUCGAUGGGGUGCGGCAGACUAUGUAAUGGUUGCUAGUAUGACUUUCAGUGUUGUAUACAAUGCAUUGUGCAUUUCUCGUGGGUACUACCAGCGCUCCCAUCGCUGCAAGAAGCUUACAGUAGCAGAAAGUCGAUAUGGGCUAGGACUGCCAUUGAAGCUGAGACCUGAAGCAAAUUACUUGACAUAUACCAAGAUUAACUACGGAGGCCGGCCCAUUUACCAAGUUGGCAUCGCAGGGUUCAAGGCAUCGCUUUGCCUUAGUUAUCUCCGACUGAUAUCUGGAACCUCAAAGCGACAUUAUCGCACGGCGAUCUGGGUUGUGAUCGUAGCUUCUACGCUGGGUCAUAUCGCCGGUGCUCUUAGCUUGAUCUUUAAUUGCACACCGGUUCGACGAUCAUGGAAUGCUCGUAUACCAGGCACCUGUCUUCCUGUGGGAGGCCUGUUCUACGGUCUUGCAAUUUUCACUAUUAUCAUGGACGUGACCAUUAUCGUGCUUCCGAUCCCAUUGCUACUGGGUCUCAAUAUAAAACCAGCACAGAAGGCUGGUGUUGUGUGCCUUUUCCUCCUCGGCCUGUUUACCACGGUCUGCUCCAUUAUGCGACUGACUCAAAUUCAACGUGUGGCAUUCGGAGAUGGAAACUCGACAAUGCUUGUGUUGUGGGGAACGAUUGAGUUCAACGUGGGCAACAUUGUUACUUGCAUUCCAUAUCUGGCGCCUCUGCUAAAAGGCUUCGUGCGAGGACUUGGGUCGACUGGUGAUAAAUCGAAGAAGUAUUGCUAUGACAGUCGAGGCCGAGGCUACGCGAUGGAGAAUUGGUCGAAAAAUCAACCCUCCCUGCAGUCAACUGCUUGCGGCCCAGCGCAACCAAAACGAACGCCAAGUGAGGAGCUCAUUUUGGCCACUCAAGAACCUGUGAAUGGGUGUAUCGAGAUGACUGUAGAGUAUAGAGUUUCUUUGGAAGGCAAGUCAACCAAGUAG